AUGGCGCGCACUUCGCAAAAUGACCAUGGUCCGCCGGCAGCGGUGGAGGAAGACCCGAGACCUCGGACUAUGACAGAGGCGCUGCGGAAGCUAUGGACGCCCAAGCUUCUCGCUGUCGCUAUUGGAGGUCUCCUCGUGAUGAACUUCUUCAUGAACUUCACCGUCUACACUCAACACGUCUAUGAGCCCUACGCAACCAGCCAUUUCAGCAAGCACUCCCUCUUGACCACUGGUUCCAUUAUCAACGGCAUUGUGCGAAUUGUCUCAUAUCCUCUCUUGGCUAGGCUCGCCGAUCAUUUUGGUCGCCCUCAAGGCUUUGCUGGCGCUGCCUUUUCCAUGGCGUUGGGCAACGUCAUGUAUGCCGCUUGCAACAAGGUUGAUGUCUUCCUGGCAGGAGGCAUCUUUGACUCAUUUGGCGACACCUGGUGGAACAUUACGCAGCAAAUCUUCAUCGCCGACGUCACCAGCCUGGUCAACCGCGGCAUCAUCUUCACGCUGCCCGAAUCAAUCACUGCUAUCCCGACCCUCUACGCUGGCACCUAUCUGGGCGAGCACAUCCUGCUGCACUCGACCUGGAGAUGGGGUUACGGCAUGUGGGCUAUCGUCCUGCCUGUAACCGCGCUCCCCACAAUCGCCAUCAUGGUCUGGAUGAACCGCCGCGCGAAGCGCAUUGGGCUCUACGCCGAGCAUCUCUCCCUCUUCCACGGCGCCCCAUCGGGUGCUGUCGGCAGAGUCAAGCACGUCUUCAAGCAGUUCGACAUCAUCGGUGCCCUCCUGCUCAUCGCCGGUCUGGCCAUGACUCUGCUGCCUAUGACGAUCGCCGGGCGCAACAACACCAACCGAUGGAAGCAGCCCUCGUCCAUCGUCCUGAUCAUCAUCGGCGUCCUGACAUUCAUCGGCUUCCUCGUCUGGGAUGGAAAGUUUGCCUCCAACCCGAUCAUCCCCUACCGCACCAUCCGACAGCGCAACGUCAUCGUCGCCUGCACAUCUGCGUGCGUCAUCGCGAUGUCGGACAGCAUCUACCGCCCCUUCCUCACCAGCUUCCUCCAAGUUGCGGGCCACUACGACCCCGGCGCGGCGACCCGUGUCGACAACGCCCAGCGCGUGGCGGUCAACAUCGGCGCUUUGGUCGCCGGCCUCUGCCUCAAGUACGUCAAGCACACCAAGCCUUUCAUCAUGCUCGGCGUCUGCCUGAUCAUCCUGGCCUCCGGCCUGCCCAUCUACUUCACCAACAUCGGCGGCACACACCUCGCCAACGAGCCGUCCUUCAUCACCUCCAAGUCGCUUCUCGGCGUCGGCCGGGGCUUCGCCCAGGUACCCCUGCAGGUCUCGCUCCAGGCCGUCCUCGCGCAGGAGCAGGUCGCCGUCGCCACCGCCGUGUACCUCUCGUCCCUCGGGUUCGGGUCCAACCUCGGCACGACCAUCAGCGGCGGUAUCUGGAACUCGCUGCUGCCGCGCAAGCUGAUCCGCUACUUUGGUGAGAAGGAGGGCCAGCGCAUCUUUGGCUCCAUCGUCGUGGCGAAGAAGUUUGAGGGUGCGGAGCGGGCCCAGAUCGACGAGUGCUACCGGCAGACGCAGCAGACGCUCGCCAUCGGCUCCGUCUGCGUGUCGAGCAUCCUACUCGUGCUGGUGUACCUGAUCCAGAACGUCAGACUCGCGGAGGAGGAUGAGAAGAGGGCUGUUCAGGCCGAUGAGGAGCUGGCGUGGGCUAUCAAGGGAAAGGAGGCGGACGGCGCCGCAGAGGGCCAACCAGAUACUGUCGAGCUCGAGAGCCAGCGGCGCGAGAAGUAG